GCGGCGGAAAGGGUGGACGUGCAGUGUUGAUGCCUCUUGAGCUGCAGGUCGUAGCGGCGACCGUGUCUACCAUUGUUCUUCGAUGUCAGCAGAAGAGGGCGCUGGGACGACUGAAGGAGCAGCUGCGCGCGUGUAGACGGAGGACAUUGACACAAGCUCCAGACGAUGGCCCCGACGACAUGGCAACCUCGAAGGCUAUUGUUCAGCCGUGCUACGCGUUAAGUUGCGGAGCGAUUCCUCGAGCGACGCCAAGGUGGUGGAUGAAGUGCAGGACAGGAGGCACUUGGGAAGACCUUAGGCAAUGCGACGACGCGACAGACAACUACUUCCGGGAGAAGCUACGUAUGUCACCACGAGUGUUCCGGGAAAUCGUGGAGGCGUGUGCGCCUCAUCUUCAGCAGCGGGUGACAUUUUAUAGAGAGUCUUUGCAGCCAAACCAGAUUGUGGUGUACACACUUUACAUGUGGGCGUCGGGGGAGACAUACGAGAACAACAUGUGCAACUUCGGGAUUGGCAGAGCUUCAGGCCUGGUUGCCGUCUGCGACGUUACUGCCGCGCUGCUCCGGGUGUACAAAAAGAAGAUUGCCUGUCCGGCUGGAGUUCGUCAACUCGUCGUUCUGCGGGCGUUCGCUGAUAAAGGGUUCCCCAAUUGCCACGGUUGCAUUGACUGUACUCACAUCUACGUGGACAAGCCGGCGAACGCACCGAGCGAAAACCACUAUGACAGGAAGCGUCGUUUCUCCAUCGUCGCGCAGGUUGUCGUCGACCUGGACUUGCAUGUGCUCAAUGUGCACAUGGGAUGCCCGCGUAGCUGCCAUGUCAUGAGGGUGCUCCAGUUGUCCAGCCUGUGGCAGCACACAGAGUCGGGGUCGUUGUUCCGUGGUCCCCUUGUGACACUACCGUUCGAUAUGCGGACGGACGGGUACAUCCUGGCGGACAAUGGCUACCCCCUUUCGGAAUGGAUGGUCGUCCCGUAUGGAGGUGUCAAUCAGGACGUCGACGAGGAGCGGUUUAACAACAAGCAGAAGGUGGCGAGGGGAGCGGUGGAGAGGGCAUUUGGCAGGCUGAAGGGCAUGUGGCGGUUGUUUUUGCGGACGCACAAGACCAACCUGGACACGCUCCCGCAACAAUUCAACUCAGGGCAAGGGGAAAAGGGUGUUAGGUCGGCAGUAGUGGAGACCUGUGCUCAAAGAUACCAGGUUCAUAAGUAUGCCAUGGCAAAAGCUGAUGGAGGCAUACGACACACAUUUGACCAUGUCGUCAGGACGACACCCUAAAACGAAUGAGCAAAGUGAACAAAUGAACCGAUUGUGU